GGGUUUCAAUAGUUUACUGUAGCACGUGGAAGUCUGUAGUGGACUAAUACCCCGGUAUAGUUUUGUGUUAUAGAGUUCUGGAAGGGCUCUAGAGCGAUCUGUCACAAUGGUUAAGCCAAAAUUCAAAGGGAAAAGCUCCAUAAACCCCUCGAACUCCAGCUCCAACCCUGACCGGGUUAAGGGAGCUGGAGGUAACAACAUGAGGGACCGUGCCACCAUAAAACGCUUAAAUAUGUACAGACAGAAACAGAGAUGCAAUAAUCGAGGUAAGGUGAUAAAGCCCUUGCAGUACCAAAGCACAGUUGCUCCUGGGACCGUGGCCAGAGUUGAACCCAACAUCAAGUGGUUUGCCAAUACACGUGUUAUCAAGCAGUCAUCCCUGCAGAAAUUCCAGGAUGAGAUGAAUGCAGUGAAGAAAGAUCCCUACCGAGUAGUGAUGAGACAGAGCAAGUUACCAAUGUCCUUGCUGCAUGACCGAAUUAAAGCACAUAACUCCAAGGUGCACAUUCUGGACACGGAGACUUUUGAGACCACAUUUGGGCCAAAGGCGCAAAGAAAAAGGCCUAACUUGUCAGUGGGGGAGUUAAAGGACUUUGCUGAGAAGGCUGAAGUCUCCUCUCAGAGCUACAGCGCUGAGAAAGAUCGGGAUUUGGUGACUGAGGACAGUGGAGUCCGGGAUGAGGCUCAGGAAGAAAUCUUCAAAAAGGGCCAGUCAAAGCGAAUCUGGGGCGAGCUGUAUAAGGUUAUCGACUCCUCAGAUGUUGUAAUUCAGGUGCUGGAUGCUCGGGACCCUAUGGGCACACGGUCUCAGAGUAUUGAAUCCUACAUGAAGAAAGAGAAAUCCUGGAAGCAUCUCAUAUUUGUGCUCAAUAAGUGUGACCUCAUUCCCACAUGGGUCACGAAACGCUGGGUCGCGUUGCUGUCUCAGGAAUAUCCCACUCUGGCUUUUCACGCAAGCCUUACCAACUCCUUCGGCAAGGGCUCGCUUAUCCAGCUCCUGAGGCAGUUUGGCAAGCUCCAUUCAGACAAAAAGCAGAUCAGUGUUGGGUUCAUUGGUUACCCCAACGUUGGAAAGAGCUCUGUUAUCAAUACCCUGCGCUCCAAAAAAGUCUGCAACGUGGCACCCAUUGCUGGUGAAACUAAGGUCUGGCAAUAUAUCACACUAAUGAGACGCAUAUUCCUGAUCGACUGCCCUGGCGUUGUCUACCCCUCAGACGAUAGCGAGUCUGACAUCGUACUGAAGGGAGUGGUCCAAGUGGAGAAGAUCCGAAACCCAGAGGAUCACAUCGGAGCGGUGCUGGAGAGGGCGAAAGCCGAGUACAUCCAGAAGACAUACCGUAUUCCAUCCUGGAGCACCGCCGAAGAUUUCCUGGAAAAGCUUGCCUUUCGCACCGGAAAACUGCUUAAGGGUGGAGAGCCUGACCUGAGUACAGUCGCUAAAAUGGUUUUGAAUGAUUGGCAAAGGGGACGGAUCCCCUUUUUUGUGAAGCCCCCUGGGUGCGAGAUGGAUGAAGAGAGCAAAACACAGCCACCGCUAGAAAUCCCUGAGAUGGAAACAGCGGAGGAAGAGUUUGAAAACACACUUGAAGUGGAGAAUGUGGAGGGGGCGUCAUCUAGCAAACAAGACGAUCAACAACUGAAACAAAAACAUGAAGAGAUGCAGAAGAUCUUUGUCAGCGUCAAGCAAAACUUUGGCAAAAUAAACGUGGCCCCAGAGUUCAGCGAAGAAGAUCUUGUGCCUGUUGAAAUGCCUGAUAUUUUUGAUCCCUCUGGAUCAGAAGAUGAGAAAGAUGAGGAAGACGAGGAAGAAGAGGAACACGUGGAAAACGACAAUGAAGAGGAACCGGAAGAAUCAUCAGUGGGCGGAUCGUCAGACAAGCCCGAGAGCAAGAGCACACGAGAAGUGAAUAAAGAGCUGGAUGAUAAGAUUGCCAAAUUGAAACAAUUUCUUGAUCGUGCCAAGUCGAAGCGCUUUUCUGCCUUACGAAUUCCUAAAGGCCUUUCUGAAGAGGUGUUUGCUGCAACCAAGGCAAAGCAAAAUCGUGCACAACAGAAAGCUGGGACGCAGUUGGGCAAAAAGAGGAAAGCUUUGGAAGAUGAGGAACCUUCAACGUCCACCAAACUCACAUCCAAAGAGAAACGAAGAAUGGAGCGUGCCCAGAGAACGAAGAAAACUGGAGUCCGUUAUUAUGACACGCACAAUGUCAAGAACAAAAAUAAAAACCGUAAAAUGCCCCAGGAUGGCACAAAAGCCAAACGGGCUAAGAGAUAAGACCAGGUCAAAUCCCAUCACUAUUCAUUCCCAUCACCCAUAGUUGGGUCGGUGGCUAAGUUUGGAACAUCUUGAUUGGUAUCACAGUAAUUUGUAUAAAGGUGAAGGUUCAGUUGAUCUGCACUUUAUUCAUACUGUGACCAUCCUUUGACUGCAGGCUGACAAUUCAUUUCAGCACUGUGCAUUUUUUAAAGCAUUUCGCUUCAAAGAAUGUCCUGAUUAAGCCAUAGUGAAAUAUGGAUCAUGUACCCAUGUAUUUAUAUCUGUUCUCCUUUGUAUGGAGAAAAAAAUAAAUACUAAACAAGUAA